AUGUUGAAGCAGCACCAUGCUUUCGUCUGGGCACUUGCUCUGGCCUGGGGUCGCAAGGCCGCUGGUCACGGCCACGUUGACUGGGUCGUUGCCAAUGGGGUCGCUUACCGGGGAUAUGAUUCACCCGCAUUUCCCUACGAUCCCAACCACGAAAAGGUCAUCGGAUGGACUGUCGACGUACCGGAUAAUGGGUUUGUCGAGCCUACCAGCUUCAGCAGCCCAGACAUCAUCUGCCACAAGAGCGCAACUUCAGCUCCCGGCCACGCUACUGUGAAUGCCGGUGAAAAGAUCAUGCUCCAGUGGAAUACUUGGCCUGAGUCUCAUAAAGGCCCAGUCAUCGAUUACCUCGCCAAAUGCCCCGGCAAUUGUGAGUCUGUAGAUAAGACGACUCUUGAGUUCUUCAAGAUCAGUGCUGCUGGGCUCAUUGACAACUCGUUGAACAAUGGACGGUGGGCCGACGAUGUCCUCAUCGCCAACAACAACAGCUGGACAGUGCAGAUCCCCGAAGACCUCGCACCUGGAAAUUACGUACUGCGCCACGAAAUUAUAGCCUUGCACAGCGCUGGGCAGGCAAACGGCGCGCAGGCCUAUCCGCAAUGCUUUAACCUCAAGGUCCAAGGGUCCGGAACACGGGAGCCAGAGGGUGUGAAGGGCACUGAGCUGUACAAAUCGGACGCUCCUGGCAUUCAGUUUGAUCUCUACAACAACCCUUCGUCCUAUCCAGUCCCCGGGCCGACGAUCGUGGCGGGCCUCUUGCCAACCGCAAAGCAAUUUCACUACUUCACCGGGCGUUGGCGUGUCCUCUCCGCCAGCAACAACGCCUACCACGUUGGUUACAGUCACAAUCCCGCCUUCAAAUGCACCAGCUGCAUCGCAGACCAGCCGGACAUCGCCCUCGUUGCCUCAGCCCACUUCUAA